AAAGUACCUCUCUCAGCUGCAUUUGAUAGAUUUGUUUGAGUCAAUUUUGAGUCAUCAAAAGAAGAAUGUAACUUUAUUUGAUGCUUCAGAGAUAGCUGUCAACAUGACUCGCUAUCAGCUGUCAUGUCCAUGAUUACAAAUAGACAAUAGAAUUUUCGCCUCAAUCCUAUUAUUAAUCUGUUAUUUUCAUAAUGCGUCAGAUAAUUCUACUCAUAGCAAAGAAUUAUCAAGGUAUAAACAUAAAGGUCUAACAAAUUUUUUCGGGUUAACAUAUUCAAAAAAUGGUUGAACCAAUCUUCGAUUUUCAAUUUAGAUUGAUUCUGAUUGGAGACAGCACAGUUGGAAAAAGUUGUUUGCUCAAAUGUUUUACGGAUGGAAAAUUUGCUGAGCUAUCCGAUCCAACAGUUGGUGUAGACUUCUUUGCUAGAUUAAUAGAAGUAGAGGAUGGUACACGUAUAAAGUUGCAACUGUGGGAUACUGCAGGGCAAGAAAGGUUUCGCUCAAUCACCAAAUCAUAUUAUAGAAACUCGGUUGGUGCUCUCUUAGUAUAUGACAUUUGUAAUAAAGCUAGUUUUGAACACAUACCUGUUUGGAUGUCUGAAGCUAGGAGACAAAUUGAACCCCACCGUCCUGUAUUUGCACUAGUAGGAUGUAAAGUCGACUUAGUUGAAGAAGGAGGACGACGGGAAGUUACCAAAGAAGAAGCUAAAAUAUUUGCAGAUCAACAUGGAAUGUUUCAAGUUGAAACUUCUUCCAAAUAUGGGUGGAACGUCGAAGAUGCCUUCAAAAAAGUGACUCAAGAAAUAUACAAUAGAGUACAGAGUGGUGAAUAUAAAAUAGAAGAUGGUUGGGAUGGUAUAAAGACAGGAUUUGCAAGACCCAAAGGUCUUGAUUUUAAUUUGGUUGAAGCCGAACCCGCUAAGUCAUCAUGUUGUUAAUUUGCUCCAGGCUUUGUACAUUGUGCUGAUAGAAGGUAGUAUCAACAAAUUUAAAGCUUGAAAUAGUACUAGUCAUGUUAAUUUUAAGUUUUAUUGAUAUUUCUUUUACUCCUUUAGCAUAUCAUAUAAUUUGUUCCAUGCAUUAAUUACUGAUAUUAAAUACUGAAAGGGCAUGUAUUAUGGAAUCAAUAAUAUAAUAAUAAUAAUCCUGAUAUCCUUUACAUUACUUAUUUGUAUGGAAUUUUUAUUGGACUGAAUAUUUUGGGAUUUUUAAAUUCAUGUAUCAUGACAAUAUUUCAAGUUGUGAUAAAAUGCAGAAGGAGUUUUGUAUAUUUGUAAAUAUUCUUAUCAAAAUUCAACCUAUCUAGUUGGUCCAAAAUGUAAAUUUGCUUUGUUUAGAAAAUUUCCUGAUUUCUUUGUUAUCCAAAAAAUCUAAAGUGUUGUGUUUAUUUUCAUGUUGUUAUUCUGUUUCUAACAGAUUGAUUGUACAAAUCUUGGCAGUUUCUUUUUCACAAAAUAUUGAAUAUGUGUAUGAAACAUAUAAUCUAUUAAACUUGAAAACUUUUAUAAA